AAAAGUAAAUCUACUGCGAAAAUAAAUCGUAGGGACAGAGAUUCAUUCAUUCGAUACUACUGAAUGACUGUGUGUACUCUUUUUUCGAACACAUGUUCUUAUCUUACUGAGCCUUGUCUCUAGGGAACUGUUAAUCAAAAUAAAAAGAAAACGAAAAGUUUUACUUUACGAUCUGUUUAUAUCAUUCCCAGUUCGAAACCAGAAGUGUUUGUUAUAAAAUUGAUAUCAUACUGCACCGGCCUAUAAAUAAGUAUAAGAGCAUAAACGCGGGCGCAUCGGCGCAUGCGCGCGGCAGUCAGUCGCGCGCCGCGACGCCGCACUAACUGCUGUUAAUCACUAAUGACAUACAAACACCGUAAACUUUAAGUGUGGCAACAUAAAAAAGUUCGUUAAAAAGUUAAGUGUUUAUGUUUAAAAGAAGCCAGUGUUUAAUUAAUUACUAAUUCAAUACUGAAAGUUUUCCCGCCAAAAAUACAUGGGUACAUAAUAGCUGUAAAAGUUUAGUGUACACCAUAAUAACAAAUGUUCAAAUUUACUUAUUUUUUUUGUUUUACAAUAUUCUCAACUAAGAAAAAAGCAAAGUGAUCAGUUAACAUUUUCAAAUUUCGAAGUUUUUUCUUUACGUGCUUUUGGCCAGAGAGAAGUCUAAGCGGCCAGUUUCGAUGUUUACUUCUAAAUUUAGAAGUUUUGUGUCGUUUAGUGUAUAUGGCAACCGUUUUUCCGGCCAGUGAGUGACUCAUGUGUUAUGGGUGCAAUAUGCUGGUUCCACGCCAAAUUGGUUAUCGAAGGCGAGCUCGAAACAGAAUGGCUGCAAGCCGCCGGCCUCGGUUCCCUGGCCGCGCCGUUCCAGGCCGGCCUCGAAGUCACCGAGGCCCAGCUGGGUGAGGCCGUGAGGCCGCUACCCAGGGAACAAGCUGCUGCGGUUAGGAGACGAGUCCGAAGGCUGAACAGGACCGUGCGGCGGCGGCGCGCGGCCUCCAGGGCCAGAAAACCUGAUAUUAGAGAUGUCUUCAGGGACUUGGAGAACUCGAGUGGCAGCGAGCCGAGGUCCCGAAGCGCGACGCCCGACUCUUUGGACUCUUUGCCCAGUGGGGGCUCCGGCAGCCCGCCAGUGGAAUGGGCCGACCAUACACCUCCAGAUUUUGUCGACAGUUUCCCCCCAACCGGCGCACACUCUCCCCUCGCCCGUACGCCGUCCGCACCAGCGGCGCCGAGACGGGCGCGGCUCUCACCACCUGCCUUGGAAGCUCCGCUACCCAUGCACGAGCUGUUCAAGCCGAAUGACUUGCAUUGGGCUGAUAUAGCUACGAAUACUGAGGGCAUCGAACUCCUAGGCUACCAAAGAUACGGGACAGUCCAGGGUCCAAGAAUAGGCAAGGAGCGAAUCAACGGAUCAAUACUGAAGGACAACGACCCUUUCGUCAAGCACACUGUCGUGUCGCGGGCAAAAAGCGCGGCGUCCGUGCAGCAACCACUCAGCUUCGAACACAAGUUUAACCUGGACCGGCAGAUGAUGGACCAUGAGGAGGAAUGGCCUGAGGAGGGUAGCGUGGUAGAUGUGGAAAGCAUCGGCGAGCCUCAACUGAAGCGUCUGCCGCAACUCCUACUGCUGGAGCUGACUGCACUCUUUGACAAAUACUCGCUGCCCUUCCAGAAGAGGAAACCGCCUAAGAAGAAGAGGAAGGAAGAGGGCUCAGUAUUCGGGGUCUCCCUCGAAACCCUGCUCCGGAAGGACAUGCUGCUGUGGGAGGAAACCUGGAGCUCCGUGCCCGGAGUCCUGCGGGCGCUGGCCGGCACGCUGGCCGCGCGGGCGGCAGACGAGGGGCUGCUGCGAGUAGCCGGGAAUAAGCACAAGAUCGAAGCGCUCUGCCAACUGAUAGAGCGUUCCUGGUAUACGGAAAACCGAGGCGCAGUAGAGGCAGCCUUGGCUGGUGCAAGCAGCCACGAUUUGGCAGCGGUCUUUAAACGGCUGCUACGAGCGUUGCCGCAGCCUCCGCUCACGCAGGAGCUCAUGCGACUCUUCUACCACACGUAUGCCCUGACGGGCCCGACGCAGGCCCGCGCCCUGAACCUGCUGGUGCUGCUGCUGCCGGGCGAGCAGCGCGCCGCGCUGCGCUGCAUCCUCGCGCUCGCGCGCGACAUCGUGGCGCGCGCCGCCACCAACAAGAUGAGCGCGCACAACGUCGCCAUGAUCAUAGCGCCGGCUCUGUUUCCACCUAGCCUCCUGAUAAAGCAAUCAGACAGCCUGGAGACGCAGCUGGCCACGGCGGCGAACAGUUGCCACGUAACGGAAGCCCUCAUGCGCUGGUGCGAGCAACUCUGGCUCAUCCCCGCUUCUAUCCUGGCGGCUUCACAGCGAAAACCUUCGCCGCACCGUAGGAACCAUAUCUGACUCUAUACAUUAAGAUAUAAGGUGCUAAAUCGUUCGCGCUAGCGAGCUAGUGAUGUCACAAAAUUCACUUUAGUAAUAAUAGUUUCGACUAUGCUGGAAGACUAAAGGUGUCAAUUCGAUUAUGAAAUCUAAAUGUCAAAAUAGCGCGCGAAAACAAAAUGGUGGGUCAGAUUUGACGCUGUGCGUCGAAUAGCGUGCAUGUUUUGUAAGUUUGCAUGCUUGUGUUUUGUUUUUUUAAUCAUCACACUAAGAUUAUAAAUAAUAAAUAACAUAUACUUGGUUAUAUUGGAACGCAUGACCAAAUGUUUGGUAUUUUACUCCACUAUUUUUGUAAGUUUUAAAUUUUGACAUAUAAAACGCAAUAAAUUAGGUUGGUAGAGGUCAUUCGCACUUGUCAAGCAGUGCAUAUUGAACAAUUUUAUUAUAAUGAGUGAUAUGAUAUUUAAUGUUAACGCAUAUAUACUCCGUGUUAAUAAUGUUAACGCAUUUAGUGUGGUAUAUAAUUGUGAAUGGGAUGCCAAAUAUUCAUCUUGUUUUAGUGAAAUAACCAGUUUUAGUUAAUGUGAAAUUCCGUUAAAAUCGUCCUCUUAUAAAAAAGUUUGCAUUAAAAGAUUUCAUUGGUAACUUAGUUAUUAAAUUGCGAGUGAACGUGAAUCCAAGAAAAAAAAAAGAUUUUUUUAUUACAGUAGUACCUCGCUAAUCCGGAAGUGUCGUCGGGAAAUUCCGAAAA